UUUUGGAGACGUGUGAAGAGAUAAAAAGGUGUCUCGUGAGAAAGCAAGUGCUCCAUUAUGUAGCAGGUUGCUUUCAGUGAUGUAUUUUAUAGUUAUUUUUAGGACCUUAGAUGUUUGCACAAGAAUAAGUUGCAUUAAAAUGCGCAAUGGGAACCUUUACAAUGGAAGCUGAGUUAAAGUAAGAGAUAUUGUCUUCUUUUCUUCUUCUUAUUACACGAUAGUGAGUUCACUGAAACGAAAUCAAGUUACUUUUCUCCAUUUGAAAAGGUUUGUUUAUAUUUUAAUCGGGCCCGCAUCGAUUUUCUUCGUCCUUUUCAGAAUAACCACGACGACUUAAAUAUAGCACCAAGAAAAAGUUAUGUAUCUCCAUUGCUACAGAUAACUAACCCAAUCUUUUCAUCUGUCAUAUUGAUACUUUUGUCUUUUCAUCAUUAAUUAAUCAGCGUAUUUAUGAUAGUAAAUGUUAAAAAUCAAGAUAAUACCUUAAUGAAUGGAAAUAUUAUUUGUUAUUUUUAGUUGGUAACUUAAGACUUAUAAAAUUUAAUUUAAAAUAAAGAUAAAGGCUGUUAUAAUAUAAUUAGAAAUAGAAAUUAAAAAGUGGUUGGUUUAAAAGGCAACAAUUAUAGCUUUUCCUUUUAGACUAACACAGUCAGUAGAGCACUAGAGACAGUGAAGUAACCGAGGUGGCACGUCUUGCGCUAAGGAACAAUGACGAAAAACUAAAACAUCCUUCUUUUUCUUUUCCCACCACCCAAACCAACCUUUUUCCUUUUUCAUUGCAAUUCACUUUUGUUUUUUCUCACUCGUCGUCUUUCUUUUAUAAUCUUCGCUUCACCACACCAAUGCAAACGGAAAAGGAAGAAUCGCAACUCACAAGGAUCACACCGUCGUCAUGAAAAAAUCGCUCUCCAAAGGCUCGGAGUCGUCCACUCAGUUGGACUCGCCGCUCCAAUUCCACUCGCCGAUGCGGUGGGACGGGACCGAUCCGCCGGAGUCUCCGGAAUACCGAUCGCCGGGAAACUUGACGGAAAGGCAUGCGGACCACUCUAUGGCAAUCGUCACCGUCGGCAACCUCAAGCAGCUCGUUCCGGACAAGCGCGCGGAGCACCGGAAGCCACCGGAAAAUAUGCCGCCUCCGUUGAGGGUGUUCAACGGCACGGUGACGGAGGAGACGCAGCGUCCGGCGGCGAAAGCGGCUCCUGCGAUGGUUGGAGGCGAGAGGAGAUCGAGGUCGUCCGGGUGGACUACGGAGGAGACGGUGUGCAAGGCGGCCCUAGGGUUCCGGCUGAGCGAGAUGGUGGUGUGUCUGAUUUCGUUUUCUGUUAUGGCGGCGGAUAAGACGCAAGGAUGGAGCGGUGACUCCUUUGAUCGCUAUAGAGAAUAUAGGUACUGUUUAUCUGUGAAUAUAAUUGGAUUUGCAUACUCAGCGUUGCAAGCAUGUGAUCUGUCAUGUCAACUUGCCACGGGUAAACACUUUAUCAGUCACCACCUUCGCAACCACUUUGAUUUCUUCAUGGAUCAGGUUCUGGCUUAUCUUCUGAUAUCAGCAUCAUCAUCUGCAGCCACACGGGUUGAUGAUUGGAUAUCGAAUUGGGGGAAAGAUGAGUUCACAGAAAUGGCCACUGCUUCAAUUGCAAUGUCCUUCCUCGCUUUUCUUGCCUUUGCUAUGAGUUCACUCAUCUCUGGUUACACCCUAUGCAACCGCAGCUCCAUGUGAACCUCACACCUACUUCUCCUCCCAACUUCUCUUCUACCGUGAUGGAAUAGAGUAAUACUUGUUUGAAACUGAUUUGAUACAUGAUUUAUCAUCACAUCCAAGAACCCCAAAAACGUGGAAGCAAGAACGUGGAAAACAACAUGAACUGUGCUUCCAAACAUGUAAAGAAAUUGUUGAUGCUCGAGAGUUUGUACUGUACUGACGGAUUUAUGUAUAUACACAGUUUCAGUAUAUUGUUCGUGUUCCAAA